AUGCUUUCCACGCAGGAGUUAACCGAGGCCGAAACCCGCAUAUUAAAGGCGAUUCAAGAAACUUCAUUUAAAGAUGAUAUCGACCGUAUCUCAAGAUCGGAGAAUGUCAAAGGCUCAAGAUUAGCAGCUCUCAAUCCCAUUCUCGACGAAUUAGGCUUGCUUCGCGUUGGCGGCAGGCUGCGAAAUGCGGAUAUCCCCAUUUCACAGAAACAUCCCAUUUUAUUACCUUCACGUCAUCACAUUACCGAUCUAAUUAUCCGCCAAACUCACAAGAAAAAUUUUCAUUCAGGUAUACAGACAACGCUAUAUGCCAUUCGCCAGCGAUUCUGGAUACCUGACGGAAAAAAUCAGGUAUGCAAAAUCGUAAGGCAGUGCACGCGGUACAUAAAAUUUCGCGCGACUCCUGUCAAAUAUAAGAUGGCAGACUUACCAAAAUCGCGGGUGCAGGAGGCAAGGGCCUUCCACCACACCAGUAUCGAUUUUUUCGGUCCGAUCUUCAUAAAAGAGAAAAAACAUCAAAAUCGCGGACGAGUUAAAGUGUACGGCUGCGUUUUUAUUUGUAUGACGACCAAAGCCGUACACAUCGAGAUUGUAAGCGAUCUAACGACCGAGGCAUUCAUCGCAGCGUUAAAAAGAUUUAUAGGUCACAGAUCCAUUCCCGCUAGAAUUUACUCAGACAACGGAACGAAUUUUGUAGGCGCAAGAAACCAACUCCGUGAGUGGUACGCCCUAUACGAAUCAGACGAGUUCAAAUCCAAAGUCAACGAUUUCGUUACGAGCAACAAAAUUUCGUGGCAUUUUAAUCCGCCCCUCUCACCUCAUUUCGGAGGAAUCUGGGAGGCGGCGGUCAAGUCCUUUAAACAUCAUUUUAGAAGAGUAGCGGGAGAUCUGUUCACUUAUGAAGAGCUGAAUACAUUAGCCAUCGAAAUCGAGGCGAUACUCAAUUCGCGACCUUUGUGCCCUAUCUCAUCCGACCCGAAUGAUCCACUAGCAUUAACGUCUGCACAUUUAUUAGUAGGGCAACCGAUGACCAUGCUGCCCGAAGAUAACUAUUUAUCUGUUCCAGCAAAUCGUCUGUCGUCCUGGCGACUAAUUUUGAAGGCCGGCCAAGACUUUUGGCGCAGGUGGCAAACAGAAUAUCUAAAUGAAUUACAGAAGCGGCAGAAAUGGCACGGCUCGAAUGCCGGUCUCCAACAAGGCAACGUCGUUAUUCUUAUGGAUAAGAAUUUACCAUGUAUGCAGUGGCAGUUGGGGCGAAUAGUGGAGACACAUCCAGAAGACGACGGCGUGAUCAGGGUGGCAACGAUCAAGAUAUCACAUGGAUUGAUCAAACGCAACACAACGACAAUUUGUCCGCUUCCGGACGUAACGUGA